CAAAUACAAAUUGUCAGUCUUUGUCAGUUAUAAAAUUUUUAUGUUAGAUUUAUCCUGCUUUAGGUUUAUAUUUUUGGAAACAUAAUGUAAAUAGUUAGUUGUACGUUGUAUAAUUUAUAGUGGAGGGUUCGUCUCUUGUUUCGUCCUCACGUUUGUGAAAUUAUGGGAACAUGCAAGACGAACCCGAAGUCUUGUACCCUGAUCCUGGGUUAUGGACAAAGACUUCGCUCAUCCAAUUAUUUUACGGAAUUAUGGUUAACCUAACUUCAGUCACUUUCGGUAUAGCUUUCAGCUUUUCCUCUGUUAUGAUGCCACAAUUGUCUAAAGUCGACCCCAAAAUUACAACAACGAUGACGGAAGAGACGUUAAUAGUAAGUGUAUUACCAUUCUCCACAAUGAUUGGUAACGUGAUAAGCGGCUUCCUAAUGGAUACUUACGGACGUCGGAUGGCCCUAAUCCUCUGCGAGGUACCCAUGAUUAUUGGAUGGAUACUUAUUGGGUUCGCGACUAGCCCUGCAGAGUUAAUUUUUGGUAGACUUAUAGUUGGUUUGGGCUGUGGUAUGGGCAUGAUUCCUCCGCGAGCAUACGUCACUGAAAUAUCACUGCCCAAUAUGAGAGGAGUCAAUGGUUCCUUUCCCAGCGUCGGCAUUGCGCUUGGAGUUAUUUUACAGGCGAUUUUCGGUGCAUUUAUGAAAUGGCCCAGUUUAUCGUUUCUGAACGGUCUUUAUAGCAUCAUUUUAUUAUUCCUCGGUUUCAUAUUUCCGGAGACACCAUAUUUUCUUCUUAUGACCGACACGCCCGAAAAAACUGAAAUGACUUUGAGAAAGUUCAGAUCGAUACAUUAUGAUGUAGAAGCAGAAAUGGACACGCUGUUGGAAUUCAAGUCGGAUAACAGACUUCGUAGAUUACGCACGAAGGAGCAGUUACAGUUGUUGUUCACUAAAUCCGCCUGCAAACCAUUCUGUACAAUAGUUUCAUAUAUAAUAAUAUCGCAGUUAGUCGGAGUUAAUCUUGUAUUGAUGUGGACUAUCGAGAUGUUGCAUGAAUCCAAGUCGAGUAUUAACCCCGAUGCGGGGAAUAUAGCUCUAGGUUUUGCAAGACUUAUCGUUGGCAUCGGCACAUCAUUUUUAAUGUUGAAAGUGGGUCGAAGAUUUUUGGCAUUAGUAUCAAGUUUGGGCGUAUUCGGUGCCUUUUUAUUAUUCGGAAUAUUUAUAAUCUACAAUACUCAACCCAGUGCAAUUCCCUUUGUCUUCUUUUUCGCUUAUAUUGCAUUCUCAAGUAUUGGUUAUUAUCCUUUACCAAUGCUUCUUAUAUUUGAAUUGUCACCUUUGCAAAUUCGUGGUAUAGUUGGAGGUCUGGGUAUAGCAACAUUAAAUGGUACAACAUUUGCUGUCAACGCAUUUUAUCUGCCAGUUCGCAGUCUUAUUGGAUUUGCUAAUGUCAUACUAGCGUUUAGUAUUUUAUCUUUACUAGGUACCUUCUAUGUUUAUUUCUACUUGCCUGAGACCAAAGAUUUGACUCUGCAAGAAAUUGAGGAGUUCUACAAUGAGAGACGUCCGACACUGACUUCACAACGUCGCAUUCGCUCGAUGCAAGCGUUGUCUCGUCAGCUCGGUAGCGCGGAGAGCAGGUCCCUCAUGAGAAUCAAGUCCAAGAGUUUUGCCAGAUAAGGUCAAAGCAAGGUAUUGUGGUAUGUGAUAGUCAUGUGGCGAAUAAUUUUGUAAAAAUGAUUGUAGUGUAGUGUAAUAAAGAGAUUACAAUUCUUAAAAUUUAUAAAUUUGUAUAUUUCUUUCACAAUAAGUAAUAAAUAUUUUCUUUAUUUA